CAUCCACGGUUUUUCCGACCCAAUUCACAAUGGCAUACCAGCCCUCUCCCUCUGUACUACCACCGCUUCCGCCUGGCUGGACCGAGCACAAAGCGCCAACGGGUCACACCUAUUACUACAAUGCCGAAACGAAAGUGUCCACGUACAAGCGGCCGGGCGUCGCGCCGAUUGCGCCUGUCGCCCCCGUGGCGCCCAUCGCGCCUGCUGUCGUUCCAGCCCCAGCUUCCGUCCCAGUCGCGGCCCCGAUAAAUCCGGCCAUGGGCAGCUUUGUGCAGCAUCAGAUGGUGCCGCAGAUCAAUCUAUCCGACCCCGCCGUUGCGAACGCCUUCAUGGCCCAGUACGCCCAGGCACAGCAACCGCAACAAGGUCAACGGGAUGGCUUUGGCGCCGGGGCCAGGGGCGGAUCGCAGUCCCGGCCGCGGCCGCAGCCUGUCGAUAAGCCGCGGUCCAAAGUUGCCAUCCCGGGCUGCGAGCCUUGGAUUCUCGUCUACACCAAAUACGGCCGCCGGUUCGUGUAUAACCCGGCCAAGAAUGCGAGCUACUGGCGCAUACCAGAGAAGCUGAUGCCCGCCGUCCUCGAGCUCGACCAGGCGCGGAUCCGGCAAAAGGCCGAGGGGAAGACGACAGAGCCGCAGGAGCAAGAACAAGAAGCACAGCAGGAGGAGGGAGCAGCAGACGGCGGAAAACCGUCUCGACCCCCGCCAACAGGAGGACAGGAGGCAGAGGCAGAACAUGACUACGACAGCUCUGAAUAUGAAGAAGUCGAGGUGACGGACGACGAGGAUGCUGAUCAAUACGCAGAAGGCAGCUCCCGCAAACGGCAACGCACCGAAGAGCCGACGGGCAACGACGCGCCCGCCGAGUUCACCGAGGCCGACAUCGCCGCCCAGCUCGCAGCCAUGGGUGCCGAGUACGGCGAGGACAACGAAGACGCCGAGAUGGGCGAAGGCUGGGAUGAUGAAGGCGGCGACGAGGGCUUACCGCUCUCCGACUCAGACGCGCGUGAGCUGUUCAAGGACCUGCUCAACGACUUCAACAUCAACCCGUACAGCCCGUGGGACAAGCUGAUGGAGGAAGGCAAGAUCUUCGACGACGCGCGGUACACGGUGCUGCCAACCACCAAAGCGCGCAAGGAAGUGUGGGAGGAGUGGUCGCGCGCCAAGAUCCAGGAGCUCAAAGAGCGGCGCGCAAAGGAAGAGAAGAAAGACCCGCGCAUCCCCUACCUGGCCUUCCUGCAGGCGAAAGCGACACCCAAACUCUACUGGCCCGAGUUCCGUCGAAAAUACAAGAAGGAAGACGCCGUGAAAGACCCCAAGCUCUCCGACAAGGACCGCGAGAAGUACUACCGCGAGCACAUCAACCGCCUCAAGCUGCCCCAAGCAACCCUCAAAGCCGACCUGAAGAAGCUCCUCGCCUCGGUCCCGCCGUCGCAGCUCAACAACCAAACCUUACCCACCCACCUCCCCGCGCAGGUGCUCUGCGAUAUACGAUACAUCUCACUAGACCCAACCGUGCGCGACCCGUUCAUCGAGGCAUACAUCAAAGGGCUAGGCCCGCCGCCCGAGGCUGGGGAGGUGGCGGCGGAGGCAGAAGGGGAGGAAGAGAAGAAGGCACGCGAGGAGCGGCGCAAGCGGGAGAAGGCGCUGCAGGAGCGGGAGAGGGUCGUGGCGGAGGAGAAGAGGCGGCAGGAGAAGAGGCUGCAGUAUGAGCGGGCGAGGUUGCGAGAGGAGGAGAGGGAGUUGGAGCGAGCGAUGCAUGUCGGUAAGAAGGGUUUGGUUACGAGCAGUAGUAGUAGUAGUAGUCAGUUGGCUGGAGGAAUGUCAGGUGGGGGAGAGGGCGAUAUGGCGGAGGGGUCGUAAGUUAUUUAAUGUUUGUCGUCCGGACUUAGAAUGGAGAUGAGCGGUUGGAUGAAAACCAGUUUUGGUUCUGUACUGCGGUCGUUAAGAGGACUGAUAUCAUACCACGCUGUAGUGCUCAUCUCGGAAACCUUUGGGCUGUAUAUCGCCAUUGAUACCUUGCAGGAUCACUCUGUUGAUAAUUUCGUAGGAGUGGUGCGCAUGCCAUACAACGGGAC